AUGCUGGGGCUUUUCGUUUUGGCUGCUGUUGUCCUCUGUGGACGCUGUUCAGAGGGAUCACUUGAGGACCAUGGUCGUGUUGUUGGGGGCGAAGAUGCAAUGAGGAAUUCAUGGCCAUCACAGAUUUCCCUCCAGUACUCUUCAGGAGAACGCUGGCUUCAUACAUGCGGCGGGACACUGGUGAGGCAGAACUGGGUGAUGACGGCAGCUCACUGUGUGGACAGAAACAGGAAUUUCCGUGUGGUUGCUGGUGACCACAACAUUUAUCAAAACGACAGCACAGAGCAAUAUUUAAAUGUGGAGCGUAUCUUUGUGCAUCCUUUUUGGAACAGUGCCUUCGUUCCCGGACACCAUGAUAUUGCGCUGCUCCAUCUCUCUCAAAAUGCAGUUCUGAACAAAUAUGUGCAGCUUGGUUCUUUGCCCCCGGCUGGAGAGAUCCUCCCUGACAACUAUCCUUGUUACAUCACAGGCUGGGGGAUAACUAAAACUGAUGGCAAGCUGGCCUCAGUCCUGCAGCAAGCCUCCCUCCCUGUGGUGAGUCAUGCAACCUGCUCCACUCCAGAGUACUGGGGCUCAAAAGUCGAGGACAACAUGGUGUGUGCUGGAGGGGAUGGCACAUGUGCUGGAUGUCAGGGGGAUUCUGGAGGCCCUUUGAAUUGCCUGGUGAGCGGCAAAUACUAUGUCUAUGGAGUCACUAGCUUUGUUUCAAGUAAAGGAUGUAACAUCUAUCAGAAACCCACCGUGUUCAUCCGUGUCUCUGCCUACAUUUACUGGAUUAACAAG